GUCACUAGGACUACAUUUCCCACAACAUACUUUGCAUUCUUCUCUACAAAUGCAAUGGCAGCAGAAACGCAUGCUAUCAGUUACCUAGUAACCCAUGUAAACAAAGAUGGAGCCGUCAGAACAGGCUAGUGAUGAUAACUUUGAUGUGAAUGAAAACCAAGAGCAAGGUGAAGAAGACAUGGAGGAAGCUGUAAAUGAAGGACAUGCUAAAGAGAGUGAAAAUCUGGAGCAAAAGCAGGAUGAAAGGAUGUCAGAUGCUGGUGCAAUCAGUAACUCAAAAGAAGAUGAGCAAGGUGAAGAAGACAUGGAGGAAGCUGUAAAUAAAGAACAUGCUAAAGAGAGUGAAAAUCUGGAGCAAAACCAGGAUGAAAGGAUGUCAGAUACUGGUGCAAUCAGUAACUCAAAGGAAGAUGAGCAAGUUGGAGAAAGAAUGGAAGCUACAAAGGAAGAGCUAAGAAUGGAGGGAGCUACAAAGAAAGACCACACUGAGGACACUAACCAGAGGAUGGAGACUGAACAGCGUGAAGACCUGUUGGACAACAAAGAACCCUCUGCUUUAGAAGAGUAUGAGCAAGUUGGAGAAAGAAUGGAAGCUACAAAGGAAGAGCUAAGAAUGGAGGGAGCUACAAAGAAAGACCACACUGAGGACACUAACCAGAGGAUGGAGACUGAACAGCGUGAAGACCUGUUGGACAACAAAGAACCCUCUGCUUUAGAAGAGUAUGAGCAAGUUGGGGAAAGUACAGGGAAAGUUGUUAAUGAAGAACACUCAGAAGACAAUGAUAAGAAACCAGACACUGACCAGGAUGAAAACCUGUUAGGCAGUGAUGUUCCUAUUACCUCAGAAAUAUAUGGUCAAAAUACAGUGAGAACGAAUGAAAGCUCUUCAGAUAAACAGCAUAACCUGCCAGAAGAGAACACAGAAUGCUCAAGUGUUCCAACAAAGGGCAUUACUACAAACAGUGAAGUUUCUUGGACUGAAAGAGGUCCAACACCAACUGGCGAUGAAGUAAGAGAACAUACUGGGUCUGAAACUGACAGAAGUCAGACUAGUACUGAACAGCCACAGACUGGAGCAGAGAAACAUUCAGGGAUGGAGAGUGAAGAGGAAGGGGAGGAGGAAAGACAUGCAGAAAAGGAAAUCAAGAGAAAAAUCCCUGAGGAUUUUUAUUAUAAUUAUGAGGAUCUAUGUUCCAAACCAUUUGUUUCUGCAGAAUCUGGAAUACCAUCAAAUCUGCUUCAAAUGAUUCAUUCUUUUGGCUAUGACUGUACCAAACGAGCAAAUCUGCAACUAUUGGAAGGCCAUACUGUCAUUAUAGCUGCUGGAAACUUGUUGGUGAUUCUAAAUCUGAAAACAAAAGAGCAGAAAUACCUAAGAAGCAUGAGUGGUGGCGGAAUUGGAGCUAUCACGGUCCACCCAAGUCGAAAGUAUUUUGUUGUAGCUGAGAAAGGAACAAAACCCAACAUCAUUGUAUAUGAAUACCCAUCUUUACACCCUUACAGAAUUUUGCGAGGGGGAACAGAAGAAGCAUAUGCAUUUGUGGAUUUUAACCCUUCUGGAACACUGUUAGCCAGUGUGGGCUGCAGUCCUGACUAUAUGCUGACUGUCUGGGACUGGAAAGAAGAACAGAUAGUUUUGAAAUCAAAAGCCUUUUCUCAGGAUGUUUUCAGAGUCACAUUUUCCCCUGACAAUGAAGGACAGCUCACCACAUCAGGCACAGGACAUAUCAAAUUUUGGAAGAUGGCACGUACAUUCACUGGCCUAAAACUGCAAGGACAACUUGGGAGGUUUGGAAAAACAGCACUCACUGAUAUUGAGGGAUAUGUGGAGCUGCCUGAUGGAAAGGUUGUCUCAGGUUCAGAGUGGGGGAACUUGCUGCUUUGGGAAGGUGGCCUUAUCAAAGUGGAGCUCUGUCGCAGGGGACGUAGAUCGUGUCAUGCAGGUCCUAUCAACCAGUUUUUCCUUGAUGAAGGAGAACUCAUUACUGUUGGGGCAGAUGGUUAUGUGAGGGUAUGGGAUUUUGAAACAGUGGAUACUGCAGAUUCUGUUGAUGAUUCUGGUCUGUUGGAAAUGGAGCCAAUGAAUGAAUUACUGGUACAGAGAAAUGUGAAUCUCCGGUCCAUGGUAAAGACCACUGACCCUGAAUCUGCUAUCUGGUUUGCUCAGGAUACAAAUGGUGCAAUAUGGAAGUUGGACUUAUCUUUUUCUAAUAUGACCCAAGAUCCAGAAUGUCUUUUCUCAUUCCAUUCUGGAGAGAUCCAGGGUCUUGACGUAUCUCCGACUACACACCUCAUGGCCAGUACCGCUUUUGACUGCUCAGUGAAGAUAUAUGACUUUCUUGGAAAACAGCUUCUAACAGAUAUGAAGUUCAAACAAGGCGGCACAGCUCUUUGUUGGGCUCCCCGGCUAGUAAACCCUAAAGGUGGGUUAUUUGCAGUUGGUUUUAAGGAUGGCGUUGUUCGUAUUCUAGAAGUUUUCAGUCCUAAAGGACUGGCCAUUGUAGCAGGACGAACAAGUAUUGGUGAGGCAGAAGUGCGACUAAAGCAAGCAUUCAAACCACACACAGCCCCAAUAUGUGCACUUGCUUAUGAACGUAAUGGUGAAGUCCUUGCCACAGGGAGCCAAGACAACACCGUCUUUUUCUUUGCUGUUGGUGACAAAUACGAGCCAAUAGGAUUCAUCAGUGUUCCUGGGCCAGUCAUUGGAUUGGAAUGGUCACCUUUUGAACAUGAGCUGAGCACAUUACUUGUGUUAUGUGAGAAUGGCUAUGUACUGCAGGUUCAAGCCCCUAAGCUUGAAACGAAAGACACAAAAUCCACUUAUGAGAUUCAAGAUCUUCCCAGAGAAGUAUUCCAUUUUCGGAGCAUCAAAUCCAAGAUCAAGCGAGAGGAAGAGGUAGCACGUCGGCAGAAGAAAAGGGAAAUGAAACAGAAAGAACGGGAAGCUAUGAUCCAGCGGAAAAAAGAACUUGGUGAGGAAAUUCAAGAGGAAGACUUAAAGGAAGAACCUGAAAAAGAAGAGGAGCUCCCUCCAAUAGUUAUUCCAAAGGAGCCCAGUCCCAUCCUCUGUGGGUUUUAUUCAAGUCCUGGAAAGUUUUGGCUCUCUUUGAGUGGUUAUGACUCUGGCAUGCUUUACCACUGUCAGUUUCCCCAACAUAAGAAUGCAAAUGAAGACUUCUCCAAACAACAUGAUGAGCCAUUUGCAUUUGUGCCAGUUGAGAAUGCUGAUAAUACCUCUGUAAGGAGUAUCCAUUUCAGCAAGCAGCUUAUGAUCUGUGGAAUGGAGAAUGGUACUCUGCGUGUUUACCCACUUCAGGCUAAUGAUCUCACUCUGGCAUCCAUGCAUGGGUACUGGAGUCUCCCCAUGCAUGACAAUCAAUAUGGAUGCAUCAGAAGUGUCUGCAGUAGCUAUGAUGGACAGUUUGUUGUGAGCUGUGGAGCAGACAGUAAUAUUUUUGUUUAUAGCUUGCUUUCCCAAGAAGACAUCGAACAGGCCAUGAAAGGAAAGCGAGCUAAAAUACCAUCUCCAAGGAAGGAUCUCAUACUGGGAAAGGUGGUGGAAGAUAUUGAAGAUCCAAAUGCAUACAGUAUUGAAAAUGCAAAGCAGAAGGCAGAAUAUGAUAGGUUGAUGAAACUGGCUGAGAAGAAGAAGGCAGAGAAAAGGAAUGAAUUGUAUACACUGCGCAAUGAGUUUAAACAGCUGCUACAGCGGAAUGCAGAACUCCCUGAACACAUGCAACUGGAAAGAGCGGAAUUUGAGCUGGAUCCCAGAAUCCGUCAAGAGACAGAGAGACAGACAGCAGAAAGGGUGAAUCUGGUUCGUAAGGAACUUGCUUGGGAGCAGGAUAAAUACAAGAUUGGCUUACAGAAGCUGAAAGCAAUGUUUCGAGAUGAAAUAGAGUUUGAUACUACAGUAGUGCAUGCUAUUGAAAGUGAGCACCAAGUUUCCACUUAUCGACUUCUUCGUCUGUCUGAAGAGUACCACAAGCUUAGAAAACAGAUGGAACAAAGGAACCAAGCCAAGUCAGAGCAGCACAGCAAAGCAGGAGAUCAUGGAAAAGACAUUGCUGGAGCAGAGAUAUCUGUCACAGGAGAAACUGGGGAAGUUCUAGUGCAUAUAGGAACACGGCGAGGCACAGUAACACAACUACCACAACGCAAAGGUGAAAAGUUGCAGAAGUCUAAGGAAAGAGCAGAAAAAGCAAAGGCCAGAAUCAGUAAGAGGAAGAAAGAGUGGGAAGAUUUUUUUGCUGGUAAACCAGAUGAAAAUUAUGAAGAUCCUUUGGAUGUAGCAGCCAUUAAAGAAGCCCAAGAGAAAAUGGGAGACUUCAAAUUAAAAUCAGCCAAGGACUACAGUGUUCCAGAACACUUGCGUGUGAAUGCAGAAAGAAAAACAGAACAACUAAUUGUAUUGGAAGGACUGAUACAUGAUCUGAAAGCAGAUAUGAACAGAAGAAUCCUUUCUCUUCGGGAUCUCAAAAUUGCUACCAUUGAUCAGAUCCAGAGAUUCAAAAAUGAACUUAAGUCAGUGCAGUCAAAAAUUCAUCCAUCUUUGCAUUUUCCAGUGCCCAAAGUUCCAAAGAUGUACCCUGAUGAGGUCCCAGAGAAGAUAUUUGAAUACAGUAAAGAAACUCUACACAAUUAUGAGAAGGAAGCCAAGAACAAAGCCAAACAUACUGAUGUCACAGAGCAACAGGGUGGAUUUGCAGGGUUUGGUGGCUUCUCUGCAAGUAACACAACAUCUAAAUCAAUAAAGCAAAUAAGGGCAUCUUCUGUAACAGUUUCAGAGUCAGGACAUUCUUCUCAUGAUUUAGAACAGCGACAAGAAGAAAGUGAGCUAACUGAAUUAGAAAAGGAACUCUUCAAGACAGAAGAGAUUAGAAAUUUAUACCGUCAGGAGUAUCUUGUUCAAAAGAUCAAUGAAAUGGUAAUCACCUUUGAUGCAGAGGUUCUUUUUCUGCGUCACCAGAAAAUGAAACUUGAUAUGCAGAUGAAGCUGGCUGAUCUUCGGCAUGUCACUCUCUUUGAAGAGUUACUCUUGCUUAAGGAAUUUGAGAAACGGGAAAAUGUGUUGCAAGAGAAAGUUAACAGUCGUAUCAAUGAAAAACAAGAAGUACAGAGAAAAUCUGAAGAGUGUCAGCAACAGAUAGAAGCUAAAAAGAGAGAGAUUACCAAAUUACAAGAGCGUGAAAAAGUAAUUGAGGAUGCUUUCCAUGUAUCUCUUGGCGAGAACAACAAAUUUGCAGACUUUCUCACAAAAGUAUUCAAAAAGAAGGUUAAACGAAUAAAGAAGAAAGAGCGGGAAGGAGAGGAAGAUGAAGAUGGAGAGAGUGAAGAUGAAUCUGAUGAAGAGUCAGAGUGGGACAGUGAAGAUGAAGAUUCCAAAUCAGAAACUGGCAUGCUGAAUGAUUCUGUCUGCCCUCCAAAUUGUGAUCCAGAGCUGUUUGAAAAUACCUUGCAGCUUCGAGAGAAAAGGCUAGAUGUAGAAGAAGCCAUUUCUGAAGAAAAGAAAUCAGCAGAGAACCUCAAAAAAGAUUAUGAUUCUCUGGCUAAAAAGAGUAAAGUCAUAGAGGUGAGUCUGAAAACAGCAGAAGCAGACCUUGAGGCCUUUCAGCGGGAGAAGCAACAGAAGCUCAAUGAACUGUUUGUAGUGGCUCCAUUAAAGCUACACCAGGUUGAAUAUGUAGUAAAUGGAGUCCUCCCCAAUGACCUAUCACAGGCCCUCAUCUUUACAAACCAAGCAUUAGUAUCUCUUCAACAACGUAUACGAGAACUGCAGCAGGAGAAAUUGGAACAGCGGGAGUUAUACCAUCAGGCCCGACAGCAGCAUGUCCAGAUUGUCCGGGAUCGGAAGGAGAUGGAAACCAAGAUACAAAAAUUGGAAGAGAAGUGUAGUCAGUUAAUGAUGAUGAAGUUUGGUCGGAUUGUGGACCUGGAAUCCUUGCAGACCUUCUCAGAGAGCAGAGUGCUGGAAGAACUGAAAGAACAGACAAGGCUAAAAGAGCUUGAAUUAUUUAAGCAAGCUAAACAAUGGGAGGACGUGAUUUCUCAGCAGAAAGACCAACUGACAUUGGUGACAAAAGAACAAACUCUGAGGUUACAGCAAAUGAAUGCACUGCUGUUAGAGAAAAAGGACUUGGAAAACAAGCUGGAGGCAAGACAGAAGAACACGGGGAAAGAAUUUCAGGGAAUGAGAAAGGCAGAAGUUGAAGAAAGGCAGCGGUUAGUUAAUCUUGUUCAACUACAAGUCCAAGAAAUUGAGACCCUCAGAGAAGAAAUAGAUCUUUUGUCACGGAAAGGAGGGCACAUUCUACCACCAUCACAGCCACCUCUAACUCACAGCAAGGUUAUUUCACCAACAAGCACAUGAAUUUAGCUAUCACUGUAAAGAGACUCGUACUUUUUCAUUUGUGGAUUAGGGAAAAUAAAACAUAUCAAGAUAAAGCAUAUGCAAGUUUAGUCAAGUCACUUGUGUAAUUUGAUGAUGUUUCAUUGCACUAUGGCUUAUGGUUAAAAGUGGCAUCAUUGGAGCUACCUAUCAUCAAACCUAUCAAAAUAAAUAAAAAAUUUGGUUUCAUUGUU